AUGGAGCAACCCACAAUUGUUCAGCCCAAGCCCGAAGGUGGCCGGCGCGAGAGCGUUGGAUCCCUUCAGUCUCAGACAGCCCGAGAAUUCAUCGAUGAUCAGAUGCGACUCGAGGCUGAUGCGCGCGAGAUUCUUCCUUAUUCCUUCGACUCUUGCACUUAUGCUCUCGGUCCACUUCGUCAGAGCCUCUUCGCCUGUUUGACCUGCAAUCCUCCUUCUGGCAAAAAAGACGACCUCUCCACUGCUGCAGGGAUCUGUUACUCCUGCUCCAUUGCCUGUCAUGGUGAACAUACUUUGGUGGAGCUUUUCAACAAGCGCAACUUUGUCUGUGACUGUGGAACCACUCGCAUGCCCACAACAUCACCCUGCACAUUGCGCGAAGACCCCAAGACAGGCCGCAAAGGUGUACACUCUCAGGAGCCAGCCAAGGACAACAAGUACAACCAUAACUUUCUCAACCGGUUCUGUGGCUGUGGGGAACAGUAUGAUCCCCACCAGGAAAAGGGUACGAUGUUCCAAUGCAUGGGCCUUGGUUCUGUUGAAUCGGGCGGUUGCGGUGAGGACUGGUGGCACCCAGAGUGUCUGAUCGGCUUGCCACGGGACUGGUACAAGAGCGCGGAAACUAAGACCUUCGGCGGUGGUGACGCCGCCGACGAAGAGGAAGAGACCCCUCUGCCCCCCGGAUUCCCCGCUGAAGAUGAUUUCGAUCAAUUUAUUUGCUUCAAAUGCAUCAAUUCAAACCCCUGGCUCAAGCGCUAUGCAGGAUCAAAGGGCUUCCUACCCCCAGUUUAUCAGGCAGGAGGCUUGAAGGGAUCUGCGCCAAAGGAGCCGACCGAGCAACAUUCGGAGUCCUCCAAGAAGCGCAAAGCAGAGGAUGACGAACCUUCCACCGAAGAACCGACAGCCAAGCGGACCAAGGAAAAAUCGCCCAAGCAAGAGUCUAUGGUGACUUCUAUUCUCGCUACCAUCGCCGAGCAACCUACAGAAACCAAAGAAGAAACCAAAGAAGAAACCAAAGAAGAAACCAAAGAAGAAACCAAAGAACAAACCAAAGAACAAACCAAAGAAGAAUCCAAGGAAGAUCUCAAACCCAAGGCUGAACCUGAAACCGAAUCAUCAAACACCCCUAUCCCCAAACAUACCCUCCUCCCCACCUCAACACCAACAGAAUUAUUCUCCCUCUUCCUCCAAGAAGACUUCUACUCCAACCUCUGCCGCUGCGCAGAAUGCUACCCCAACCUCAUCCCCUACCCCCAACUUCGCGAAGAAGAAGAAACCUACGAACCACCCCUCUCAGAAGACGGUGACGCCAACGGCGCCGCAAUCACAGGUACAGGCAGUAUUCUUGAACGCGGCGAAGCCGCACUUAGCAACGUUGACCGCGUGCGCGCUAUCGAGGGCGCGAUGGUCUACAACCAUCUCCGUGAUAAGGUGAAGGCAUUCUUGCGGCCGUUUGCCGAGAGCGGAACUGCUGUUAGUGCGGAGGAUGUGAAGGGGUAUUUCGAGAGAUUACGCGGUGAUGAGGAGGGGAUUAAGGAUGCGGCUAGUCGGGCUGAGACUGGUGGUGGCAAGGAUGAGGGAGCUGAUGGUCGGCGGGAGCAGAAUGGUGAGUUUGAUUAUACUGAUUCGAUUGAUUGA